GCAUACUGUAUCUAUCUACAUAUUCUACAGCCUGCAAAAUACAAUCAACUGCUGGAAACUGUCCGUAUAAAUAACGCAGCUAUAACCCAAACAAAUUUGUUCCAUAUUUCGGUCAAUGGCUUACUCUCUGCCCUUGGUUGCACCAAGCAACUUCAUUCUCAAGCUUAAAAUUCACUGCUCGAAAUGCGAGAAUAAGCUGAAGAGGAUGCUGCUAAGAGCUCCGGGUGUUCAUUCUGUUAGCAUAGACGCAAAGCAAGGAACUGUUGCUAUCUCAGGCAAUGUGGCGCCUUCCACAAUCUUGAUGUUGCUUGAAAAGGGAGUAGGCAGAAAGGCGGAGCUUUUGUGGGAGCAAAGCCCUUCUGCUUCCUCUACUUCUUCAAAGCUAGAUGGCCAGAAUUUAGAAAUUAUAGCGGAAUCGAAAGUGUUUGAUGAACGAUUUAAUGACCCGAAUGUGGUAGCCCAAUUGGAGCGACUGUCAGGAAUCCAAGGGUUGAAAAAUAUUCAGGUAACCUAUUCCAAGACCAUUAAGUUGAGCUUCAAGGGUGAAAAAGACGAUUUAAGUGACAAAAAUGUGGAAGUUACUGCUCGGGACCAGGGUAGUGGGAUUUUUUGUGAGGCUUCUGCGUCGUGUUGCGGUGGCCAUAAUCAUGGUGGUGUGCAUAGGAAUGUGCACGGAAAUGGAAUUGGCGGAUGCUGUGGAAAUCAUGCGGCUGGUUAUCCCAUUGCUUCAUAUGUUUGCCCUGUGCACAGUUGUGACGGAAAUUCCUACUGGCCGCCACAUGCAUGUGGAUCUGUACCUCCACCGGCUCCGCAACCACCGUGUCCUGGUUGUAGUCCAUCAGCCCCGCCUCUGGGGACUACUUAUGAUACCCCGCCUCCACCGCCGCCACCAGCUUCAAUGGGCUAUUCGUACUUUAGCCCUUUCAGCGAUGAUAACCUUUCAAGUGGCUGCAACAUCAUCUGA